AAUUUUAAUUGACAAGUGGUAUUUUUGUUGUUUGGGCGUUUUGUGUGAAGAAAAACUUAAAUCUCUGUAUUUUCUCUGGGGGACCAUUGUGAAGAGUGAAAAGUGUGUCUAAAAUCUCACCAAAAUGCUAGCCAUUAUCAAUCGAAUACUUGAUUGGUUUAAGAGUUUAUUCUGGAAGGAAGAAAUGGAACUCACACUCGUGGGAUUGCAGUAUUCGGGCAAAACCACCUUCGUCAAUAUCAUUGCUUCUGGGCAGUUUAGUGAGGAUAUGAUACCCACUGUGGGCUUCAAUAUGCGCAAAAUAACAAAGGGCAACGUCACGAUCAAAGUCUGGGACAUCGGGGGUCAGCCAAGGUUCCGGUCAAUGUGGGAGCGAUACUGUCGCGGAGUCAAUGCCAUAGUAUACAUGGUGGAUGCUGCAGAUCUGGACAAGAUGGAAGCCUCCCGGAAUGAACUGCAUUCGUUGCUGGACAAGCCACAACUCACCGGAAUACCCGUUUUGGUGCUGGGCAACAAGCGCGACAUUCCCGGAGCUCUGGAUGAACCUGGACUCAUUGAAAGAAUGAAUUUGGCCACAAUUCAAGACCGAGAGAUCUGCUGCUAUAGUAUUUCAUGCAAAGAGAAGGAUAACAUUGAUAUAACUCUGCAGUGGCUCAUUGCCCAUUCGAAAAGUCAAAGUCGCUAAGGAUUAAUGUAUAGUGAAUAAUUAUAUGAAACAAAGAAAAAAAAUGAGAGGAAGGAUCUCUGAGUGCGAAAAGGAAUGAGAGAGAGAGAAUCAGGUAGAAAAAAAAGUGAAUAUAUUUCACAAAAUAAACGUACAUAAAGGAAUGUAUUGAGAAGGAAAAUUCCAUUGAUCACUUGGGAAAUCAUUGAGAAGAUUUAAAAUUAUUUUUUUCUGUGUAAAAACUGAAUUAUAUUUAUGUUUUUAUUUUCAAUUGUUGAAUAUAUUUUCAUUUUGUACUGAUUAUGCCUGUAUUUUUUUUUAAAGUGAUUAUGACGCUUGCACGGAAUGCACUUCACUUGCUAAGUGAUUUUUCUAUGAAUUGCACAAGUUGCUUUAUAUUUUCUCCAGCUGGAUGGAAAAGUCAAUAAAUCGGGUGAUUUUAUAUUCUGCCAUAAAAACGCAGAUUUUUAUGAGUGGAGAAAAAAAUUAGUUAUCCAGUUUUAGCAUGAAUUUGCGAGGAUUUUAUCUUUUUUUUUUAAUUUGAAUAGUUCGGUAAAGACUGCAAAGAAAUUUGCUACGCACUAAAAAAAAAUGGAAAAUCAAGUGAAAAAAAUGGCUAUUGAAAAUUAAAAGAAAAUUUUCUAACGAUAAAAAUCAAUGCUUUCCUCACUUCUCAACAUAAAACUAGGAAUUCUUAUUUACGUAAUAGGUAUUUGUAAGCAUCAACAUGAGGUUUAGAUACUGUAUAUAAAAUUGCAAAAUUUUUUGAAGAAAAGGUAAAGAGAGACAGUGAAGCUGAGAUGAUAAAGUAUUUGAGCGAAAAAAAACAACUCAAAUGAAAUAGAGUAAGCGCGAAUAUAAUAAAAUAAAUAAAAUGCAAACAUUUACCUUUCUUUUGUACAUUAAAAUUUCUUUAAAGGUGAUUUUAUGUGGAUAAAAUGUAAAAUGAUAUAUGAAUUGUAUGAUUAACAUUUUCUAUACAGCGAUUAUAGAACCUACCAACAAUUCUUUCUAAUAAUUGCAAAAGAAAAUAAAAGGAAAUAUUCACGAAGAUGUGCAAAAUAUAAAUUUCUCUAAAUUGUGAUUUUAUAAACCAAUUCACACUUCACACAAAAAAAAAUCUGUGUGAUUUUUAUAUAGAAAGUGUUAAUAAGCGAUUACAUAGACUUUGUGGCUUUCCUCUUAUUGACAUUAUUAUUAUUAUUACAAUGUUUGUUAUUGGGCAUGAGUAAAGGCAAAAAAAUAUAAGUAAAUAUAUACAUAACUACAUAAACUAUUAAAGAUAAAAUAAAACCAAAAUUUUCAAGUUACAACUAUGUGCAAGAUAAUAUAAAAGGCAUUAAAAAAUAGAUUGAGAAGAAAAUAAAACUUUUUAACUGAAUAACUUGAA